AUGAAUCAGAAAGACAGUUUGUCGGAGGAAAUGGAUGAGUUUUUAAUUCAUCAGCACCAUGAGGAAGGAGAUGAAAAGCUGCAACUGAUACACCAGGCAGUGAUCGACAAACGAUUUUACUUUUUUGGUUUAUUCCUGUCAAUUCAUAUCAUUCUCAUGUUGGCAUAUGUGGAUGAGAGUGUUGUUAGGAUGAAUUAUUUUGUUAUGGUGAUUAUAGAUGUUCUUAUUAAUGCUUUUAUGACAAGAUACUUGAUCACAAUUUCAUCCUUAGUGCAACGAGAUAUUAUUAACUGGUGUCGAUUUGCAAUACUGAGCGCGGUGAGAAUGUUGACACAAACAUAUUUAGGCUCACAAGUUCCCUAUUAUUUAUUGUACUAUUACUCACUUUUUGGAUUUGCCAACACUUAUUACAAUAAGAGAUGGAUGGUUAUCGUGCAUACUUUGUCCCUUAUUGCAAGCUCUGUGACUGGACAAGUUAUUGUAAAUUAUACAACCCUUCAUGUUGUGACGCACGGAGUUUUCUUGACUCAAACUCAUGUAGAAAAACAGACACCUUUUAUCAGAGGAUAUCAUCCAUCCCACUUUUCACUUUGUAGUAACAUUUUCGACAUUGUGUUGAUAGAGAUAAUACUCACCUUGUCUUGCCUGAUUUUUUCACACGUCAUAGAAGUGCAAUUUGAAGCAAAUGUAAAAUAUAAGUACCAAGUGCAGGUACAAAAAGCAUUGAAUUAUUCCAAGUCUAAAUUCAUUGGAAAUUUGAGCCAUGAGAUGAGAAAUCCACUUCAUGGCAUUAUUAACAACACAGACUUGCUGAAAAUGGAAACUGAGAAGAUUGUUGAAAUGGCGAAUUCAGACAUUGAAAAAAAUAAGGAACAUAUCAUUCAAUCAAACAUGUCGAACUUGGAAUUAAUAGAGGACAUUAUCAAUGGCUCUCAAAUGCUGUUGAACUUAUUUUCAAACUCUCUUCAGGUCACCAACUUGGAAUUGGGAAACAUCAAGCUAAACUAUCAACCAUUUAACGUUUUUGAAUCGAUUGAAUCCAUUAUUUCGGUAUUCUUUUCAAUUGCAAAUAGAAAAGGCCUUUCCAUUCAGUCAUGGUUCAACUUUUCAAAAGUUCCCUUUUACGUGAAUGGAGAUAAUGUUAAGAUAUCACAGAUUUUGAUGAAUUUAGUUUCAAACGCAGUGAAGUAUACAACAACAGGAUUUGUUACUCUCAAAUGCGAUAUUUGUGAUAGGAACGAACCAGACUUCCCGUUCAAAGGAAAGCAUGAGGAUGAAAAGUUCUCGAUUUCAGGAUUUGAGAAUCUCACAUUGAAGGAUAUUAUAAUUUUAAAAUUUGAAUGCAUUGACACAGGUGUAGGAAUGAAAAAUGUUAGCAAUUUCAACACCUACCAUUCAUUUUCCAAUCAUUGCUCUCAAGAGUUUGAUCAUUAUUUUAAGCAAUGUAAUUUACAGGCUAAUUCUACAUUCAAUGACAGCAAUGGACUUGGGCUAAACAUUUCAAAGAAUAUCAUUGAUCUAAUGAAGGGACAAAUGAAUAUGAAAAGUACGAUUGGAAAAGGCACUACCAUAACUGUGUACAUACCAGUUGUUAAAUGUAACUAUGGCUGUGAGUGUAAGGAUGUGCAAAACCAAAUUGAAGCACUCAAAGACGUCACAACAUGGAAAUUUCCUCUCCAUCAAGUCAUCAUUUAUGACUCUCAUCAAAAUAUUAGAGAUGUACUGAAUGAAUAUUGCAAGCAACUCUUUCCCAACUGUGCAACACAGGUAUUUUCAAACGACAAUGAUUUUAAGGGUAUUCUAAGUAAUUAUCUACCUAAUUCUGUCCAUUCCUUACGAAAUACUCUCGUCAUUUAUCCUCAAGAAUUUGAAUCACUCAAUGACAAUGCCUUACAUGUCUUGACAAAGACAGAAACAAAUAUUUUUAUACCACUUUCAGAACGAGGACAUUUAACAUUAUCUGCAAACAAGUUAAAUCGUCAUUUGACACGACCAAUCAAACUUCGAAAUUUUAUUGAAGCACUCCAUUCAGCUUUAAAUGACCCAAACGCCAACAUUUCAAACCAUUCCUCGGAUCAAGUUUUGACACCACGCUCAAGUGCUCUGAAUGGCUCCUUUUCCUCUCUAAACAUUAAGGUUCUCGUAGUGGAUGAUAAUGAAGUGAAUCGAAAAGUAUUGUCAAGGAUGAUGACACUUCUUGGUUUUUCUGUACUGACAGCUUCAGAUGGUCUCCAUGCAUUAGAAAUGGUCAAAAAGAAUCCACACGAGUUCCAAAUCAUCUUAAUGGAUCUAUUCAUGCCACUUCUCUCUGGAAAAGAAUGUUGCAAACUCAUCCGUGAGCUCCAUGUGCAAGAUCUCAAAAUUGUUGCUGUGACCGCCAACGUGUGGGAAGAUGAAGAGAAUCUGAAACCAAAUUUUGGCUUUGAUGCUGUCGUCCAUAAGCCCAUCAUGAUGAAACAACUCGAAGAACAAAUGGCCAAACUGUUGUUGAUAUCUCGUGGUGGUGGCAAUGAUUGUGUCCAUUUGGAUGAUGGGAAUGGCAUUUGA